CCUAGUACAAUUAUCAUCACAACCCAAAAGCAGAUUCAACAAAUAUAAGAUGAUGAGGAAAGAAAGAACAAAUUGCAUGGUCAAACUUAAGCUUAUUAUGGGAAAGCUCAAGACUCAUCUUCAACUAAUUCCCAAAUCAAUUAUUAGACACGAAACUCAUGAAGCUGUUCGUGAAUUUGUAGAAACGCCGAGAGCAAAUGAUGAAGUGGUUCCUAAUGAUGUAAAAGAAGGACAUUUUGCUGUUUUCACAGUGAAUCCUGAGGAGGAGCCAAAGAGGUUUGUAGUUGAGCUGCAUUGGCUUGCAAAUCCUUCAUUCUUGAAUUUACUGAAGCAAGCUGAAGAUGAAUAUGGAUUCGUACAAAAGGGUGUUCUUGAAAUUCCUUGUCGUGCCGAGGAAUUACAGCAGAUUCUGCAACUCAAGACUGGAAGGAAUAUCACUUCUUUUGCAGUUUAAUUAUUUGGAAAUAGUUCAUUCUCUAUACAUCAGAUAUGUGUACACCAUAGCUAGUUUUGACUUAGUUAUUACUCCUAAAUUAACUUAAACUCUUUGGCUAUUAUUGGCCCCCUUCACAAUUUAAAAUAAAACUUAGUUUGUGUUAAGCACAAGAUUACUAUGCCAUCUGGAUUAUAGUAGUAAAAUGGUGUUAAUGUAAC